AUGCAGGUACGACUCUUCGUUUGGGCGCUAAGUGUGGCUAUUCGUGCAAUUUGUACGGAAAACAAAGAACAAGUUGCGCUCCAGGCGCGUACAUUAUUGCUUGAUGACACCACAUAUUUCGUGGGUGCGUUGGGAACAGUGAAGAAUGACGCAACUGCCUUGGUGGCGUACGAGUACUUUGCACCAUGCUUUGACUCAAAUGACAAGAGUACCUCUAACCCUGGCGAUCUUUUGCUCUUGGCACUUCCAGCAUCAGAACAGUGGCGCUUGGCUUUAAGACCCAAUACUACGGCGACGCUGGCUGUUGCGUCGAGCCCUGACAUGAACACAGUCGAUGUGCGACAUGGUCACAUGUCGCCUGCAGGACGCUUACAUUGGCCUGAAUACAGACCAAAAUGGCGUCGCGGCAUGGCAUCCAAAGGGCGUAUGACCAUGUAUGGUCAUAUGCAUCUGGUGACAAACUCGGAAAGCAUCGACGCUCUAAGCAAUUGCUUUGUCGCUCAUCACCCUGACGCAGCUGCAUGGGUGCCUGGCUCUCCACAGAGUCCUCACAUUGCCAAAUGGGUGCGUUUCUCUCCUGCAAAAAUUCGCUAUGUAGGCGGUUUUGGCGAUGAGCAUUUUAUCGGUUCUGUGGAUAUGGACUUGUACCGCUCCGUUGAGCCUGGCCUCAAUGAGCACAGAGCGCCUGGCUUGUACAUGCAGACUGCUUGA